AUGGAGGUUCUACUUGGCAUCACGGGAAAGGACUUCACCCUCAUCGCCGCCUCCAAAGCCGCUAUGCGAGGCGCCACCAUUCUCAAGGCUACCGAUGACAAGACCCGAGAACUGAACAAGCACACGCUGAUGGCCUUCUCCGGAGAAGCUGGCGACACAGUGCAGUUUGCCGAGUACAUCCAAGCAAACAUCCAGCUCUAUUCGAUGCGCAACAACAUGGAGCUAUCGCCUGCUGCCACCGCCAACUUCGUUCGUGGAGAGCUCGCGCGCGCACUGCGAUCGCGGAAACCCUACACCGUAAACCUGCUGCUCGGAGGAUACGACAGCAUCGCCGACAAGCCCACACUUUACUGGAUCGACUACCUAGCCAGUUUGGCGCCCGUCCCCUACGCGGCACACGGAUACGCCCAGUACUACUGUCUGUCGUUACUCGACAAGCACCAUCACCCCGACAUCGACUACGAGCAGGGCAUGAAGAUUCUGAGGAUGUGCACAGAGGAGCUGAAGCGUCGCUUGCCAAUCGACUUCAAGGGCGUUCUCGUCAAGGUCAUCACAAAGGAUGGCGUCAAGGAUGUUGAGUACGAGGACGAUGUCAAGGUCGCGAUACCUUGA